CUCCCUGAGUGCCUCGCUCCGGCAUGGCUGCCGCUUUCACAGGAGUGUCUGUAAUUCUCGGCUUCCGGUCGUAGCGGGCCAGCGCUCAUUUCCCUGCUGGAAGCUGGGUAGAGCCGGGGAGAGGUGUGGGGUGAACUGUGAGAGAGAACCGCGAGCAUCCGCUCCGGCUCCUGAAGGAGAAGAUGGCCGAGGGCGAGCGGCAGCCGCCGCCAGAUUCUUCAGAAGAGACCCCUUCAGCUACUCCGACCUUCAUCAUUCCAAAAAAGGAGAUCCACACAGUCCCAGAUAUGGGCAAAUGGAAGCGCUCUCAGGCAUAUGCUGACUACAUCGGCUUUAUCCUAACCCUGAAUGAAGGUGUGAAAGGGAAGAAGCUAACCUUCGACUACAAAGUCUCUGAGGCCAUUGAGAAGCUGGUGGCACUUCUUGAUACGCUGGAUAGGUGGAUUGAUGAAACCCCGCCAGUGGACCAGCCUUCCCGAUUUGGGAACAAAGCCUACAGGACCUGGUAUGCCAAACUCGAUCAGGAAGCAGAAAACUUGGUGGCUACAGUGAUCCCCACCAACCUGGCUGCUGCUGUGCCUGAAGUGGCAGUUUACCUGAAGGAGGCUGUGGGGAACUCCACACGCAUUGACUAUGGCACAGGGCAUGAGGCUGCCUUUGCUGCUUUCCUCUGUUGUCUCUGCAAGAUUGGUGUACUCCGGGUGGACGACCAGGUGGCUAUUGUCUUCAAGGUGUUUGAUAGGUAUCUUGAGGUUAUGCGGAAGUUGCAGAAGACAUACAGGAUGGAGCCUGCGGGCAGCCAGGGCGUGUGGGGUCUGGAUGACUUCCAGUUCCUGCCCUUCAUCUGGGGCAGCUCCCAGCUCAUAGACCACCCCCACCUGGAGCCCAGACAUUUUGUGGACGAGAAGGCGGUGAGCGAAAACCACAAGGACUACAUGUUCCUCCAGUGCAUCCUGUUCAUCACCGAGAUGAAGACCGGCCCCUUUGCAGAGCACUCCAACCAGCUGUGGAACAUCAGUGCUGUCCCGUCCUGGUCUAAAGUGAACCAGGGCCUCAUUCGCAUGUAUAAGGCGGAGUGCCUGGAGAAGUUCCCUGUGAUCCAGCACUUCAAGUUCGGGAGCCUGCUGCCCAUCCAUCCGGUCACAUCAGGCUAGGACAGGCUGAACCACCAGAGCCACCCUGGCCAGGUUCCUGUGCCCUCUCUGACCCAGCACCCCUCCCACCCACCUUCUGUUCUUUCUGUUUGAUGAGAUGGGUGCUAAGCAGGGUCUGAGUUGGGGGAAUUAACCAGAGUAUGGCCAGUUUUUGACUGUCCAUCUGGUGGACAAGCAAGAAGAGAGGGACUUGGACAUGGUCCCAGGCCCUGCCGUCCCUGUGUUCCUGCUUCCUUUCCCUCCUGCCCAGGCCUAUUUGGAGGAGACAAGGACAUCCUGCUCUUCCCACUGCUUCCCCCUCCCCCUCCCAUGAUAUGACGUCUCCCUCACUAAGAGCGGGGUGGGGGUGGGGGGCUCACCUCUGGAGACCGGCUGGUGGGUUUCCCACUAGCCAUGUUCCACUAGGUGUCUGCUUUGAGGCUGGAGGGUGAGGCUGGGGUGGGGAGAUGAUUGUGUAGUGACCAUGGAUGAUAAGGCUUCCCAAGGUCCCAUCCUAGGCCCUGGGGAGCUGAUUGUAUCCUCAUGCUGGCUUGGUUGGUUCCCUGGCCCUUGGCUUUGCUAGGUUCCUGACUGCUAAUACCCUUUCCUGGGGGUAGCCUAGCUGUGGGCGCUGCCCUGGCUCCUGGGAGAGCCCACUACUUGGUGAGAUCUGACUUGCCAGAGCCAUCAAGCAGGGAGAGGUGGAGACUCAGGGAGGCAGUAGGACGGCUGUGUGUGGAGAGCCCACUUUCCUCCAGUCUUGGACCUCCUGAGUCUGCUGCCUCCCACCUACCUGCUUUGAGUGGUCUUAAAGUUCCCCUGAGGCCCUUGGCUUGCUGCUCUGCUUCCUCAGGUCCGUUUGUGGCUUAUGUGGGAGGGCAAAGAAGGCAGCAGCCCUCUGUCCUGCUUCCCUUUGUGAGAUGAGAUAAGUGCUGGCAUAAACUCAGAAUGGGUAGACUGCUAAGGGGGCUGCCACAGUCGCCAGUUCUCUCCCGGCGAGUGGCUGAGCUGGGACCUGCAGGCUUCCCUGUUCCACUUGGGCCUGCCCUGCUGCACUGCCCAUCCUGCCUGUGCCCACCUAGCUUUUGAGGAGUGGACACUGAGAAGCACAACCCAGGGGCUUGGCCAGGGAUUAACUAUGAUCUGGGCAGAGCAGGGACUGAAGUUAUCAGAGUCAUGACAGUUUACCAAAAAAGGACCAGGGCCAGCCUUCCUUCCAGGGCCAGGCCACUGCCUUCCUGGCUCCCUUCCCUGUUCCUGCAUCCCCAGCCCUGCGCCUUCCUUGCUGUUUGGAUUAAAGCCUCUGUUUUACACCUGU